AGAAAACUAACAAACCAAGUCCUAAUCCUAAUAACCACAAAUUUGGGCUUCAACUAAAUGAAUGUUUAGCCCAAAUAACACAAAAAAACGUAAAAAUAUGCUAGCGCAAGAGGAGAGGAGAUGUCAAGGCAAGGGUCACAUAGCGAGUCCAUGUCCAAAUAAGCGAGUUAUGGUGAUGCAAGAGAAUGGUGAAAUUGUGACUGAUGACGAAGAUUCUAACACUGAUGAAAUGCCACCAUUGGAGGACGCCUAUGAGGUGGAGUUUGUUGUACAUGGAGAUUUGUUGGUGGUGAGGAGGGCUUUAAGUGUGCAAGCAAAGGACGUGGAUGAAGUGCAAUGAGAGAACAUCUUUCACACUAGUGUUAUGUCAAAGAUAAGGUUUGUUGUUGUUUAUUUUGAUGACAUUCUCAUUUAUAGCAAAAACUUGGAAGAACAUGUGCAUUUGAAAUCAGUUUUGGAUGUGCUUAGAAAAGAAAAGUUAUUUGCUAACUUGAAGAAAUGCACUUUUUGCAC